GGGAGGUAAUUCUCAUUUUUAGAUCGACCAACAUGGCGACUCUAGGUCGCACAUUUUCAAGUCUUCGUCCGAGGUUUUUACUUUCGAAUGGGACUAAAUCUUUUCAAAGAUCCUUCUUGUCGCCUGUACCAACUUUCAAUGCCGGUAAUUUAAACUUAGUGUGUCCAGAAAAACUUCCAGAAGCGCCUCCUGAAUAUCCAGGAUAUAAAGUGUGUAAAGAAGAUUUUAAAUACGUUGAGAGGCUUUUGCCGAAGGAGAUCGUCCCUCCACCACCAGCCGAAUCGGUAACAGGGGUUCCUACACCAUCAGGAUGGAUACCGCCUAAUGAGAAUGGCUCAAAACAUCCUUAUUUCGUGAAACGAACCAAAAAUCAUAUGUUGCCUUUAUAUCUGGAAGUAAAGUUCCACGGGUCUCGCAUCCUCACCAAAAUUUGUAAAAUCGAUGGGAAUAUCUGGAAACUCGAGUCAGAUUUAAGGACAUAUUUGCAAGAGAGAAGUACAAAAGACAUAUAUACCCAAGUCCAUGAAGUAUCAAGUUUUAUAAGGGUGAGAGGAGAUUAUUGUGAAGACGUAUGUAAGUUCCUUCUAUCUAAAGGAUUCUAAAUAUCUGAAGUUAACUACAAACUGUUCUUCAGAAAUGAUCGAAGGACAUUUUAGUCUUUGGGUGAACUAUUUGUUUCUGAGUAACUCUGUUGACCUUUUUGUUGAUAAGAGCUUAUAUUCCUUAUGCUGACAGAGUUACUAUUGUAUUACUGUAUUAUAUCUAGUUUUAUAUUUCAUCUCCACUAUUCCUUGUAGUUGGAUUAAAAUUUUUUUACUCAAACUACAUGCA